AAAAACAAAGAAAGAAAUAACUCGAAAACGAAAACAAACUACGAACAAAACAAAAAAACGUGUCUCGAGGUGUUUCGGGGAGCUGGCCAUUAGACUUGACAUAACCCAAGGCAGGCGAGGAGGGGAGCAAACUGGCACAACAACUUUAAAAGUACAAACGGCCGAGAGGAGGAAGAGUCCAUGGAGUGCAUAGACCAGGAACAAUGGUAAAUGCCACGUCAGCAACACCAGCAACAGCAGCAAGCGACAACAGCAGCAUCAUCAGCAAAAGCAGCAAAAACGAGUCAACGACAGCUUAAAAAAUAAUACGCUUGCUGAAGGCAACAAGCGGAUAGAAAGGCAGUCGACAGACAACCAGGGAACAAAGAUAUAGGGGCGAUAUAGGGCGGGAUAUAGGGCGGGAUAUAGGGAGAACAAAGCGACGACAUUGCGAACGAUGAGAAAACUCUGUUGCAAUUAGUGAGCCAAGGGUUGGACGAGUCAUGCUGCUGCCAACGGAAACGGAAAUGCUUGCUGGAAGCGGAAACGAAAACGGAAGCCGAGGAGGAGCAGGUGGCCACUAAAUGCCAUUGAACACUGAGCGAUCAUGUCCGACGUUGAGCAGGCGAUUAGGGCCAAGCAACAGCAGCAGCUGAACUGUGGCAUUGACGAUGAGACGGAUCCCGAUCCCGAUGCUGCCGAAUCCGGAGCAGGAGCAACGGAGGUGGGCGCCAGGACCACCGCCUCGCUGACAGCCAAGCCGAGCAGCGGUCUCCGGCGCUGCUGCGGCCACAUCCUCAAGCUGCUGCUCUCCACGCCCGGCCUCGUGCUCCUGGUCAUCGGCUACUCCGUGCUGGGCGCCCUCAUCUUUCCGCUCCUCGAGGCGCCGCAGGACCUCAGCAAGUCGGCGGCCAUCGCCAAGAGCCGUGAAGACUGUCUGCGCGAACUCUGGAUCAUAACAGAGAAACUCAACGUUUUGUACGAACGCAACUGGACUAUGCUGGUCCACGAGCAGCUACGUCGCUUCGAGGGCUCCAUUGUGGCGGCCACGCGCCAAGGAUCCGCUGGCGGUGCAGGAGGGGGAGGAGGAAGCGGUGGCGGAGGAGGACUCUUCCAGGGGGGCAGUGCCAGCGCCUUGGGUCACUUUGGCUACGAUGCCGACGACUCGCAGAGCUGGACCUUCAGCGAGGCUUUGCUCUACUCGGUCACUGUGAUAACGACAAUUGGUCACGGCAGCCUGACGCCGCGCACCGCCGCCGGGAAGCUGGCCACCAUCUUCUACGCCCUGGUGGGCGUGCCCCUGAUGCUCAUGUGCCUGUCCAGCCUGGGAGCCCUGCUCGCCGAUGGCCUCCAGUGCACCUACGUGCGGCUCUGCUGCCAGCUGCAGCGCCAUCAGGAGCACCGUAGGAAGUCCACUCCCGCGGACUCAACGCCCACUGCCAGCACAGCGAUGACACCGACGCCACUGACCAAGUCGAGGGACAAAAAGAAGCAGAAGGAGAGGGAGAAGGGCUCCAAGCGACGAAUGGCCAAUUGCAAGGGCUGUAAGUACGAUGCGGCCAACAGUGAGACGAGCUUGAAUGACUGCUUGGAGUACGGCCAAAAGGGGAAACUGCCGCCGGACAAGAGGGAGGGAGAUGCCUGUCAAUUGUUGCGCAACUUGAAUCAGCAGCAGCAUUUUUACCAGCAGCAACAGCAGUUGCAGCAGCAGCAGCAGCAGCAGCAGCAGCAGCAGCAGCAGUUGCAGCAACAGCAACCGGAUGUCAUGCUAAUGACAACGACAUCGGGCAGCGCAUUGCUGAAAUACGCACCACAGCAACAGCAACUGCAGCAGCAAUUAUCGACAGCAACUCUCCCGCGACAACAUCAUCAUCUGCAGCAGCAGCAGCAGCAACAUCACCAGCUGCAGCUGCAGCCACACCAGCAACACCAGCCACACCAGCAGCAACUGCAACAGAAUUUCGUGGCCGUGCCCAGCAGCAUGCUGCGAAUGCCGAUGACAGUGCCGCCCAAUUGUUAUGCGCCCGCGACUGCCACGAUAUACUUUCCUUUCGGCCCCGCCCCCUCCGCCCCCGGCAGUCCCGCCCACGUCCAAUCUCACGCGAAUUCGAAUGCGAAUGCAAGUCCGAAUCCCCUUGGGAAUCACACGCUGAGUCAACAGCCGCUGGUCAAGUAUCACACGAUACACAUGCAACCGGCAACCGGAAAGCAUCGAGUGCUGGCUUCUGGACUUCAGGAUGCAGCAGUCGGGAAUCUCGUCACAGGAUCUGAGGCAUCCACACUGGAGGCCAUCACAUUGCCACCACCGCCGGCCUACCAGACUGCCAAUGUGCAUGCCGUGCGGCGGGCCAAGUUCGUGACGAAACCGUUGCCACACGAGAUCAACGCGCUGAUGGACUGCGGCACGGGAUCGCCAGACUUAUCCGGCAGACAUGAUUUAUUGCCACCACCGCAUUCGGGGGAAGCAGCAGCAGCAACAGGCACUGCAGCAGGUCCAAUGCUAACCUACACGGCCGCAGCAACAAGCCCACAACUGUCGUCGGGUAUUAAAGUUGCCGCAGGCACAGGAGCAACAAUGGUUGCUGGCAGGGGAGCAGCAACAGCAGCAACAACAACACUGCCCGAUAACAGUUUUAUGGCCGCAGGUGUUUGUGGCAUGGCCGGUGGCGGUCCUGCAGCCCCUCUUCCCCCACCUCCACCAACAACAACAGCAGGCACUGCAACUGCCACCUCGGCAGCAGCAACAUUGUCAGCUCUACUAAGCGCCAACUCAACGGGCACCGUCGACAUCAUGGAGGACGAGGAUGAGCAGGAACGGGAGCGAUUGAGCAACUGCCCGCACGGAACGCCGUCGCGAGUGCCGUUGAUAGCCAGUCCUCUGUCCGUGCCGCAGGACUCGACCCUCCACCGUCACCCGCUGCAACCGCUGGGCCGCAAGACGCUCCUGCUGACGCGUCGCUGCCAGAGACACGCCUCCGGAACGCUGUACGACAGCACGACGGCCAACAACACGGAGACCUCCGACGACGAGGAGUACAUGCAGCACGGCAGCGAGCAGUUCGUGCUGAAGAAGCUGCGCUAUCGCUGCGACUCGGAGGGGUGCCGCGGGGCGGAGGACUCGGAGGAGGAGGAUGAUGAUGACUCGGAAUCGGACUCGGCGGCGGGACGGCAGGUGCCCAUCAGCCUGGUGCUGCUCAUCCUGGCCUGCUACAUCUGCGUGGGCACCGUGGUCUUUGCCCUGUGGGAGAACUGGUCGCUGGUGGACGGGGCCUACUUCUGCUUUGUGACCCUGUCGACCAUUGGCUAUGGAGAUUUCGUGCCCGCCCGCAGCUUCAACGGACCGGAGCUGCAGCUGUACGCCUGCUGCGCCUACCUGCUGCUCGGCCUCGUCCUGGUGGCCAUGUCCUUCAGCAUCCUGGAGACGCAGCUCAUGUGGAAGUGCAAGCGCAUCGCCGUGCGACUGAAGCUGGCCCGCACGGAUGGAUAAUGUACCAUCUCCUCAUCCGCCGCCACCCCAUAACAAUCGAAUCUGCAAUCCAAAUGCUUGAAUCUUAGGCUAAGUGUACUGUGUAAUUAUAACCCAAAACUAGCCCAUCUCAGUGUACAUUUGUCUGCCUAGCGAAAUAAUGAGAGCUCGUAUGUUGUCGGGAAUUCAAGAGAAUUUGUGUAAAUAAACGGAAUUUUUGGAAUUUUCGAAUUUCUCGGCUGGCUUUUUGGCAUUCAGCAGGUAAUUGGAUACAAAACGUUUCCGGAAUGCCAAAUGUACUUGGCAAAUAUCAUGUUUUCCCGAUGGCCUAAAGUUUAGCUAAGCAUAAAUAUCCGGCUCAUCAUGUCACCGUUUGCAUCUGCUGAAUUAUGUGCAACCUAAUCACAUUAACAUAUAUUAGUGCCCACACUGCCGUAAAAAGCAAGGGAAAAAUGCCAUUUAUAUUUGCCUUAAUGCCGGCUGGGAAGCCCAAAUACCUUCGUUUAUUCCCGGUGGGUGUCAGCGAAAAAGCAUCAAGUUUCAUGCAAAACACACA